GCCGCAAUGAAGAGCUUCUUACAGUGAAAGGAAAGUAGGUCUUGCCCCCUGAAAAUGCCUUUAAGGGACAAAUACUGUCAGACUGACCACCAUCAUCACGGAUGCUGUGAACCAGUUUAUAUCCUGGAACCUGGAGAUGCUCCUUUGUUACAGCAACCACUACAGACAUCCAAAUCUGGUAUUCAACAAAUAAUUGAGUGCUUUCGAUCAGGAACUAAACAACUUAAGCAUAUUUUAUUAAAAGAUGUGGACACUAUUUUUGAAUGUAAAUUAUGCCGCAGUCUCUUCAGAGGAUUACCAAAUUUAAUUACCCAUAAAAAAUUCUACUGCCCACCAAGUCUCCAGAUGGAUGACAACCUUCCUGACGUAAAUGAUAAACAAAGCCAAGCCAUAAACGAUCUCCUAGAAGCCAUAUAUCCAAGUGUGGACAAGCGAGAAUAUAUUAUUAAGCUAGAACCCAUAGAAACUAAUCAAAAUGCAGUGUUUCAGUAUAUUUCAAGGACUGAUAAUCCUACUGAAGUCACAGAGUCAAGCAGUGCUCCUGAACAAACCGAAGUUCAAAUACAGGAAACUAGCACUGAACAGUCUAAAACAGUACCAGUUAUAGACACAGAGGUGGAAACUGUAGAGCCCCCUCCUGUUGAGAUUGUUGCAGAUGAAGUUGCACAUACAUCUGAUGAGCAACCUCAGGAAUCACAGGCUGACUUGGAAACUUCUGACAAUUCUGAUUUUGGUCACCAGUUGAUAUGUUGUCUUUGUAGAAAAGAAUUCAAUUCCAGACGAGGCGUUCGACGUCACAUUCGCAAAGUACACAAGAAAAAGAUGGAAGAACUAAAAAAGUACAUUGAAACACGAAAGAAUCCAAACCAGUCCUCUAAAGGACGCAGUAAGAAUGUUCUAGUUCCAUUAAGUAGGAGUUGUCCAGUAUGUUGUAAAUCAUUUGCUACAAAAGCGAAUGUAAGGAGGCAUUUUGAUGAAGUUCAUAGAGGACUAAGGAGGGAUUCAAUUACUCCUGAUAUAGCAACAAAGCCUGGGCAACCUUUGUUCCUGGAUUCUGUUUCUCCUAAAAAAUCUUUUAAGACUCGAAAACAAAAGUCGUCUUCAAAGGCUGAAUACAAUUUAACUGCAUGCAAAUGCCUCCUUUGCAAGAGGAAAUAUAGUUCACAAAUAAUGCUUAAAAGACAUAUGCAAAUUGUCCACAAGAUAACUCUUUCUGGAACAAACUCUAAAAGAGAGAAAGGCCCUAAUAAUACUGCCAGCAAUUCAGAAAUAAAAGUUAAAGUUGAACCAGCAGAUUCUGUAGAAUCUUCACCCCCUUCCAUUACCCAUUCUCCACAGAAUGAAUUAAAGGGAACAAAUCAUUCAAAUGAAAAAAAGAACACACCGGCAGCACAGAAAAAUAAAGUUAAACAAGACUCUGAAAGCCCUAAAUCAACUAGUCCGUCUGCUGCAGGUGGCCAGCAGAAAACCAGGAAACCAAAACUUUCAGCUGGCUUUGACUUUAAGCAACUUUACUGUAAACUUUGUAAACGUCAGUUUACUUCCAAACAGAACUUGACUAAACACAUUGAGUUGCACACAGAUGGGAAUAACAUUUAUGUAAAAUUCUACAAGUGUCCUCUUUGCACUUAUGAAACUCGGCGGAAGCGCGAUGUGAUACGACAUAUAACUGUGGUUCAUAAAAAGUCAUCCCGCUAUCUUGGGAAAAUAACAGCCAGUUUAGAGAUCAGAGCUAUAAAGAAGCCUAUUGAUUUUGUUCUAAAUAAAGUGGCAAAAAGAGGCCCUUCGAGGGAUGAGGCGAAACAUAGUGAUUCAAAACAUGAUGGCACUUCUAACUCUCCUAGUAAAAAGUAUGAAGUAGCUGACGUUGGUAUUGAAGUAAAAGUCACAAAAAACUUUUCUCUUCACAGAUGCAAUAAAUGUGGAAAGGCAUUUGCCAAAAAGACUUAUCUUGAACAUCAUAAGAAAACUCAUAAGGCAAAUGCUUCCAAUUCACCUGAAGGAAACAAAACCAAAGGCCGAAGUACAAGAUCUAAGGCUCUUGUCUGAUAACUUCAAGUGAUGUACGAAAAGGUUUGGAGUUCAUUUUUGUGGAAAGACUUUAAAUUGGUGUUAGAACCACUAAACGUCUUCAAAUGGUACUAUGAGAAAAAAAGGAAAAACAUUUUCAUAAAUAUUCGACUGUAACUGCUGUUUUCUGACUAAAAUAAUAACCAUCUAACCACUUGUUUCUAAGGCUCUGCCUCUUCCAGCACUUGGAAGUAGCUGUGACAGUACACAUUGUCAUCACAGUCCAUCAGCUAACCACCCUUGAUCUUGCGCAUUUGGUCUACAGUUUCUGCAAAAAUGUUGCAAAUUUUGUUUUCCAAACAAUUUGUUGAUUAAAGCGAUCAACAACCUGAAGAAUAUAUCACCACUGGUGAUUUUUAAUUGACAGAGACUUUAUAUCUUAGUGACUUUAGUUUUGUUUCACUUUAUUUGGCAAAAUUUUCAUCUGGAUUGUACAGAUCUAUUUCCUAGUGAGUAUAUGUUAGGACCAAAAGAGAAAAUAGUAUCGACAUAUUAUAAAUAUUUAGCCUACUAAAUAUUUGUAAUUAUUUUUACAUUCAUUUAUUUCUAACUUGUUCUCCAGCACUUAAAUGUUUGAAAGUUUCAUUCUAAAAGAUAUUCAACAGGAAAGUUCCAGUUCAUUUUCAUUUAUGGAUUAUUACUUUUAUUUGUCAACAUCUGAGGUUUUUAUUGAAAAUUAAACAUUCCCCUUUUUUUCUUUAAAUUUUAUAUAAAGCACUUUAAUAAUAGAUGCAACUUAAUUUUUCAGUUUCUAUUUUUUUUAAAUAUCACACUUUUACUAAUGUUAAUAUGAAGGUAGUAAAUAGCUUACUGAUAUCUUAUGGAUGCAGACAAUCCAUGCACAACCACUUCUUAUGAUAUUAGUUUAAUUCUUUAAAUAUUGCUAAAAAAGGAAGAUGGGAGUAUAAACCCUGAAUUUUUUUCUCCCAGGUAAAGUCUUAAAUGACUACUUUAGAUGAUAUUUGAUUCCUACUGUUAAAAUAAUGAAUUCUUGUCCAUUUUUGUAAUCAAGAUUUUAGGAAAAACAGAAGUACAUCUAUCGUUAUGAAAUAUUGGGCAAGUUUUUGUGUAUCAACAUUUUGUACUUUUUAGGGAAUAUUUUAUUUUUUAGUAAUUUUUGUCAAAUUAUAAUUUUAAAAGGUACAGCAGAGAAUAUACCAUGUUUUUUACAUCGGUUCAUACCUGUACUUAGGAGGGACCCUGUCCAUCUAUAUACUUUUUGUAUAAAGUUUUAAAGUGUUGAAGAUCCACAAGGUCAUAAUAAAAUGCUUCUAUAGCUAGAAAAACAUUGACCCUUCCCAGUGCUUUGCACUAAAAUAUACUGUGAAAGGAAACUAGAAAGACUGUAACUGUUGCUGGAAAUGUUCUAUAUUGAAUGUACAUGCUCUUGUUGGAAAAAUGUACUAUAUGUGAUGGAAAUAAACCAGACUCAAAGUUAUUUCAGCUAAAUGUGCUUCAACAAAGGUGCAUUGGUUGAAACUUAAAUGUUUUAUCAAAUUUAAAUUUAUUCAGAGACUAUGAGCAGCUACACUUGAAUUUUACCCUGAUAGUUUUAUUUUUAAGAAUUAGAGUGAUAAUUUCUCUUUAAUUUAAAAACAGAUUUACUUUUCCACAUAUGGAAAUCUUGUACUUACAGAUCUAACUUUAAUGAUUAAUAGCAUAAUAUAUGUAGGGAACUAAAUGUAUAGGUGGUAUUUCAUUUAUAAACCAUCCUCAUUAGUUGCACGUUAUUAAAUCUGUAUGUUUGACUUUUG